AUGGAGAGAGCACAGGGACCACUCACACCGGAGCUCAUGGAGAGAGCACAGGGACCACUCACACUGGAGCUCAUGGAGAGAGCACAGGGACCACUCACACUGGAGCUCAUGGAGAGAGCACAGGGACCACUCACACCGGAGCUCAUGGAGAGAGCACAGGGACCACUCACACCGGAGCUCAUGGAGAGAGCACAGGGACCACUCACACCGGAGCUCAUGGAGAGAGCACAGGGACCACUCUUUCCUCAGACUGCAUUGACGCUCGGACUGCCACGAUUAGGAAUGUUUACUUUUUCACCAGAUUCAUUCAAAGUAUCUGUGUCUUUAAAAGUCGGGGCUGCAGCGUGGAGCUAG